AUGUAUGGAAGUGAGACACCUCAUUUGCAAAAGAUGGCUAUAAGGAUUAUGUCAUUGACCUCAAGUUCUUCUGCUUAUGAGCGAAACUGGAGUACUUUUGAGUCGAUUCAUACCAAGAAGAGGAAUAGGCUUACUACUAGUCGCAUGAAUCAACUAGUGUACAUCCAGUUUAACUCUAGAUUGAUGUCCAAGCAAAGGAAGAUAAAGGAGAGGAAGAAUGUUGAUGUUCUCAUAAGUUCCGAUUCAAUUGAAGCACAAGGCUUUCUAUUUGAGGGAGGAGAUAGUCACACUUUGCAUGUGUUUGGUGAUGAAGAUGCUGAAGGUUUCGAUGGCAUUCCAUGGAAUGUUAUUGAUGAGGCAAGGGGAGCUAGUGAGAAUCUUCAACCUCGCAGGAGUGCCAGAUUAGUGAGAGACCUUGCCGAUGAGGAGUUUGAGUCUGAAGAAGAAGAUGACGAGGAAAGUGAGGCCAUUCAUUUCUAA